AUGCAUCUCAUUCUCACCGGCGCCACUGGCCUUGUCGGCUCCGGCGUCCUCGACGCCAUGCUCGGCAUGCGCGAAAUCACCCGCAUCUCCAUCCUCAGCCGCCGGCCGGUCCCCAUGGCGCAGGACGCCAGCGAUCCGCGCGUGAACGUGAUCAUCCACAAGGACUUCGCCAAGUACGACGCCGACGUGCUCUCUCAGCUGGCGGGUGCAACGGGCUGCGUGUGGGCGUUGGGGAUCAGCCAGACCAAAGUGGACGCGGAAGAAUACACCACUAUCACCAAGACGUACGCCCUCCACGCCGCCGAGGCAUUCCGCUCGCUCCCCCCGCCCGACCAGCCCUUCCGCUUCGUCUACGUCUCCGGCGGCGGCGCCACCACCCAACCGGGCCGCUUCUCCGCGGUGUUUGCGCGCGUGAAAGGCGAGGCCGAACUCGGCCUCGCCGAGCUGCGACGGAAGUACCCGAUGCUGCAGACGAGCUCGGUGCGGCCGGCCUUCGUCGAUGAGGCGAAUCACCCGGCCAUCGCCAAGUAUAUGGCCCCGCGCCCGGCGUAUGAGCGGCUCUUCCGCGUGACGGCGCCGGCGAUCCGGGCGCUGGCGCCGGGGCUGUGGAGUCCGACGGAGGAGCUGGGCAGCUUUCUCACGGGGAUGGCGAUGGGGCGGUAUGACGGCGUGGGAGCCGGGAAGGAUGUGCAGAUGCUGGGGGCGAUGCCGGUAUUGGAGAACUCGGCGUUUCGACGGUUGAUGGGGCUGAGUGGAUGA